CACGAGCCCGCAAUGGAUUUACUCUGGGCUAACGUGCAUGGGAUAGUACCACUGCUGGGCUGUGUAACGAGGCUACAUCCCAUGAUAUAUCAUCAUGCCGGAAGGUACACUUGGUACUCUGAAGGCAUCAAUCCAUUAUGUGAGCACGAAGUCCUCCAAUUUUUGCGUCACGCCCACCGCGUGCGCUCAUUGCAAAUCCCAUUCGACAACCAUUUUCACCUUCUUUCAGUCCUUCCCAUCAAGACAUUCAUAUUCCCGAGAUUGCUAUCGUUGUCAAUGGCUGUACAUCCGGCUGGAUACUUACAUCUCUUCCUACCUCCCACUCUGCGUCGUUGUUCGCUAUCGCUCAUUCAUCCCGAUUUGAAAUUAAUUGCGACCUGUUGUGCUGCUACCUUGGAGGAUCUAACCAUCAAGAUCCCCUACCAAAGCACAACGGAUGAGCUGUGCCUGUUAUCUGACAGUAUCCGUCUGUGCAAGCGGCUUGUAACUUUGUAUUGUCCACCUCUCGACUGGGCAGCAUGGAAACACCUAUCGAACCUCCCCACCCUUCUCUCAGUGGCGAUUUCUGGCGAAGUCCUUUGCCCGUUGGACACGGAUAACUUCGUUUUCACACGUUUCCUCAACGUCACGGCUCUUUCUUUCCAUGUAACCACGGCUUCAUACGUCAUCGCAGUCAUGCGCAACUCAGCAUUCCCCUCACUGAAAGAGUUCAAAAUGGUUGCCCGUGUUUUGCCGUGGGAAGAUGCUGAGCAGCUCUUUCAUGCACUGUCGCAGUGCACGGCAUGCCAGACCCUUCAACAUAUCGACAUUUUAUCCCGUGAUCAAAGAGUUCCAGAGCCCUCAGACAGCUCUUUGACACCGAUCACCCAAUUUCUUGGCUUCACGCAACUCAGAACUCUGCAGCUCGCUUUUCCCCAUUGCUGCAUUCGCCUUGACAACCACCUCCUUUCGAAAGCCAUGUCAAGUUGGCCGCACAUCCGCUCUCUGAAAUUAGAAGACCCCCAUCCUCACCCAGCUACUAUCACAUUUCGCGGGUUAUCCGCAGCGUUGCGUCAAUCUCCCCACUUGCAUACACUGCACAUAUUAAUGGAUACUCUGAAUAUUGAUAUCGAUCCUCAGGCUGAGUCGUUUCAGCAUACAUCUCUACAAACAUUGGAUGUGCGCACCUCUCACAUAGUGGAUCGGGAAGCUGUCGCUUACAUCCUCUUCUCUAUGCUUCCUUCGGUUGAGAGUGUUAUCCAUGGCUCUAGUGGACGCCACAUCCGGUACGCAUGGCAGGAGGUCAACAGGCGUCUCCAAUCUCUCAAGUCUUCUGCGGUCCUUGGCCGUCGUAUCACAGGAGCAACUGCAGCGUGCUAAACCCUUCAUACGUAUGUGUUCAACUAGAUGUGCUAUCCGAUGUAUCUUAAUACUUAGAAUGUGGGAGUGGGAGGUCGGGGCAAGCAAGGUAGCUUAUGCCUCGACAUGUAAUUGGCUCUAGAUUUAUUAUUUGCAUGAUACAUUACUUAUAACUAGCUCCCAUCCAUAGUAGCAGCACGCCUUACAGAAUGUCG